AUGAACCUUGUGAUGGUUCUUUUCAGUGAUGGAAAGCUACCCAAGUGCAUCGUGAACUCUGUCUCAACAAACUAUAUUCUGUGCAUUGGUAGUCAAAAGAAGGCCAUGUCAGUAACAAAAUCUGAUGAACUAUUUGUUGAUGACCUGCUGGCCAGGGCUGCCGAAGUGACCUCAUCCAGGAACGCCAAGACACUAACACCUAGUCAUAUAAAAAAUGUGAUAAUGUCAGUUGAAAGAAUGGGUUUUCUACACGACAUGGUGGCUGGAAUUCCUGACCUGGGUGUGACAGCCUCAUCAGAGGAAAUGGCUACUGCCUCUGGACCAUCUUCAUCUUCAUUGGUCUCCCUCACUAACAGUAUCUCUGAAGAUGUUGCUUCUGAUACUAGUGCUGAUCGUAAGAAGAUGUACCGCAAAAGACCAGGGUCACACAGGAUCAGGAGAUUUUGGAAUGAAAAAGAGGAUGAGGAUGAUGAUGAUGCCUUUGAGAGCCCUGAGAAAGAUGUCAGCGGGGAACCUCAAGCCCUGACACGUAGCUUGAGCAUCCCUCCAUCCAGUGACCAGGAUCUGGGAGGGGCCUCCUAUGUACCGGAAAUGCCAAAACCUCUCAACAUGUAUCCAUUUGCAACAGGGUCAGAGAAGCUGUCACGGCAGAGUGUGAUAGUCAGUGCUCCUUCAAGUGCUCCUCCAUGUGUACCACCUGGUGCUGCACCCUUUCAGUUCUCCAUCACCAUCAAUAAUGGACCUAAGUUGACCAUGAAAGGAACCAGCCAUUCUACAAGUGCAGAUAAUUCCUCUUCUGGGACGUCUUGAAAUUUUUAACGCUCAAAAUGUACAUACCAGACCCAGUUCAUGACUGAUCUCUUCAUCAUGGACUUGUGGUUCAAUAUGUUGCUUUUAUAGGGGAUUUGAGAAGUGAUUCUUUUUAAGGGCUAUUAACAAGUAUGGGUAUGACUUCCAUUCUUUUCUUUAAGCAGUGUCAACGUACUGUACCAAAGUUUGGGAUGUUUUCAGAGUGCCUUCAUUGAUUGCUAGAAAGUUCUGGUAUCAUGCAAGUGUGAUAUUUUAAACCUGAGCUGAGCAAUUAAACAGUGUCAGAAGUACUUGCAGGCAAAAGGAGCAGGAGACAAUGCUCAAUUCAACAACCAUCCACUUAAUCCCCAUGAAACUCCAUGUACCCACAUUUAAUAUCCAGAAGACUCUGAACUCAGCCUGUGCUUUCCAGAAUGAAUGAG